CUCUCUCUCUCUCUCUCUAGUGCUAGGAUUGGACACGUGGAAAUAAUCUUUCUGCUUGAGAUUGCUUGAAGAAGUUGGAGAUUAAAGAUGGAUGAAGAUGAGGGCCCGCGGGAGGUCCUGUUCCCUCAGUGGAUGGGGGCUGACCAGCACGGCCUCACUAUCGAGGGCAGCGAGGGGGAGGUCUACGUCAAAGAAGUGAAGCUUGAGUCGUCUGCCGCCAAAACAGGGAAAGUGCACCAAGGUGACCAGAUCGUGGGCGCUACCAUCUACUUCGAUAACAUGAGCUCCGAGGAGACGUCCGAACUGCUGAAGACCCUCAACCGGCACACGGUGGGCCUGAAACUGCAGCGCAAAGGCGGGGACAAAUCCCCCUGCCGGUCCCCCAGAGGAGAGGGGUCGUCCCGCGACAUGGGGGCCAGCUUCGACCGCUACGGGGGAUCCAGCCCAGACAUGGUCCUGAGUGGUGACGACGAGGACUACAGAAGGAUCUACACAAAGAAAAUCAAACCGCGCCUCAAGUCUGAGGACCUGGCGGAGAGCAGCAGCGUGGAGGUGCAGACGGAGCGGCAUGGUGGAACCGUUACCACGGUGACGCGCAAAAUAACCACCUACACCGUGGACAUGCCGGGAUCGGAGCGCCACGACAUCACCAGCCCGGAAUUCAAAGUCAAGGUUCCGCGACACGACGGCUCAGAAUCGUCAGAGAUGGACGUUCAGUACGGAUCGGGAGCGCAGGUCCGAGUUCCACACGGCUUCACCAUCGGAGGGGCGUCUGGAGGAUCCAACACCACCGUCACCAGGAUGUUAGGGUCCACAGAAACGCACUGGGGAGCAGGAGGAGGAGGUAUCCGGGGACCCAAGAUGGAUUUCGGGACCUCCACCAUCACCACUGACCUGGGAACGAACGUGGAAGGCUCCAACGGGAAAUCCGUGAAGUUCCGAGUCCCCGGGUUUUCGGAAUCGACGAUACAAGGACCGGAUGUGAAGCUGGACGGCAGUCUGGGAGCGCACUCGGGAGGCACUGUCACCACAGAGACUUACACGUACAGGAGCAAAGGCGUGGAGGUGCCUUCAUUGGACGUGACGAGGUCCGGCGUUUCAGGACGAGCGGUCGACGGGAAGCUCGAAACUUCGACCAUGGAAUUCAAGGGUUCCAGCGUCGACGUGCCGAAGAUGCCUUCCGUGAGCGUCUCGGGCUUCGAUCUGAAUGGGAAAGGAGCAGGAGGCUUCACUGUGUCGGCACCAAAACUGGAAGGAGACGUCAAAGGCCCCAAAGUGGACAUCAAAGCCCCGACAAUUAAAACUUCAGUUGGGGGCGGAGAUGUUAAAAUGCCUGCUGUCGAGAUCAAAACCCCAAGCGUUGAUAUCAAAGGUGGAGUCCAAGGGACUGGCCUCUCCAUGCCGUAUGUGGACCUUUCGGGACAGAAGGUCUCGGCACCAGAAGUGGACAUUAACUUGAAAGGGGCCAAAGUCUCUGCUCCUAAAAUAUCGGGGGAUAUCAAAGCGCCCACAGUAGACGUCAAACCGCCAGGCAUCAACGUCGGAAUGUCGGGCGUCAAGCUGGAUGCGAAGACUCCCAAGGUCGAAUUCUCUGGCCCUGAAAUCAAAGGGACAGAUUUUAGUGCAAGCCUGCCGAAAGCUGACAUCAACGUUCCAAAGAUGAGCCUGGAUGCUUCAUCUGUUUCGGGGCCUGGCAUCUCCGUCCCUGGCUUUGACAUCAAAGGACCCAAACUUCAGGGAGACAUCAAAGCUCCAACAUUAGACAUCCAAGCCCCUGAUGUAAACGUCCAGGCACCAGGCAUUGACAUCGGAGGCCUUGAAGGAAGUUUCAAAGGAAAGCUGCCCAGCUGCAAAGGUCCGAGUGUGAGCAUUGAGGCUCCAGGAGUUGACAUCAAAGGACCAGAAGGAGGGUUUAAAAUGCCUAAACUGCCCAAGUUCGGAAUCUCUGGUCCCACAAUUGAAAGCCCUGAUGUGGACGUUAAGGGGCCUAAAGGCAAUGUUGUUGUCAAAGGGCCACAGAUAGACAUUCAAACACCAGGUGCUGACAUUAAGGGUCCAAGUGGAAAGAUGAAAGGGCCCGGAUUCAAGACGCCUGAUUUUGAUGUCAGUCUGAAAGGGCAGAAGGUGAAGGGAGAUGUGGAUGUUUCAGGGUCGAAGAUAGAAGGUGACAUCAAAGGGCCGAAGGUAGACAUUGAUGCUCCACAUGUUGAUAUUGAAGGACCAGAAGGAGGAUUCAAAAUGCCCAAAUUCAAAAUGCCUACGUUUGGAAUCAAAGGUCCUAAAGUUGAAGGACCAGAUGUAGAUGUGAAUCUACCCAAAGGAGAUAUUAACAUCAAAGGGCCACAGAUAGACAUUAAAGGGCCACAGGUUGACUUAGAAGCCCCAGAUGUUGAUAUCGAAGGAUCGGGCGGAUUCAAAAUGCCGAAAAUCAAAAUGCCUACGUUUGGAAUCAAAGGUCCUAAAGUUGAAGGCCCAGAUGUAGAUGUGAAUCUACCCAAAGGAGACAUUGAUAUCAAAGGGCCGAAGAUAGAAGGUGAUCUCAAAGCUCCGAAAGUGGACAUCAAAGCUCCAGAUGUUGAUAUAGAGGUACCUAGUGGAAAGGUGAAGGGUCCUGGAUUCAAGAUGCCAUCAGUGUCAGGACCCAACAUAUCAAUGCCAAGCCUGGACUUCAAUCUGAAAGGGCCGAAGGUGAAGGGAGAUGUGGACGUUUCAGUGCCAAAGAUAGAAGGUGACCUCAAAGGGCCAAAGAUAGACAUUAAAGGGCCACAGGUUGACUUAGAAGCCCCAGAUGUUGAUAUCGAAGGAUCGGGCGGAUUCAAAAUGCCGAAAAUCAAAAUGCCUACGUUUGGAAUCAAAGGUCCUAAAGUUGAAGGCCCAGAUGUAGAUGUGAAUCUACCCAAAGGAGACAUCAAUAUCAAAGGGCCACAGAUAGAAGGUGACCUCAAAGGGCCAAAGGUGGACAUCAGAGCUCCAGAUGUUGAUAUAGAGGUACCUAGUGGAAAGGUGAAGGGUCCUGGAUUCAAGAUGCCAUCAAUGUCAGGACCCAACAUAUCAAUGCCAAGCCUGGACUUCAAUCUGAAAGGACCGAAGGUGAAGGGAGAUGUGGACGUUUCAGUGCCAAAGAUAGAAGGUGACUUCAAAGGGCCAAAGGUGGACAUUGGUCAUCCAGAUAUUGACAUUAAGGGUCCUGACGGCAACAUUAAGGGUCCUGGGUUCAAAAUGCCAACCAUUUCUGGACCAGAUCUAAAAAUGCCUAGUCUGGACUUCAAUCUGAAAGGGCCGAAGGUGAAGGGAGAUGUGGACGUUUCAGUGCCAAAGAUAGAAGGCGACUUCAAAGGGCCAAAAGUGGACAUUGGUCAUCCAGAUAUUGACAUUAAGGGUCCUGAUGGCAAGAUUAAGGGUCCUGGGUUCAAAAUGCCAACCAUUUCUGGACCAGAUCUAAAAAUGCCUAGUCUGGACUUCAAUCUGAAAGGGCCGAAGGUGAAGGGAGAUGUGGACGUUUCAGUGCCAAAGAUAGAAGGCGACUUCAAAGGGCCAAAAGUGGACAUUGGUCAUCCAGAUAUUGACAUUAAGGGUCCUGAUGGCAAGAUUAAGGGUCCUGGGUUCAAAAUGCCAACCAUUUCUGGACCAGAUCUAAAAAUGCCUAGCCUGGACUUCAAUCUGAAAGGGCCGAAGGUGAAGGGAGAUGUGGACGUUUCAGUGCCAAAGAUAGAAGGUGACCUCAAAGGGCCAAAGAUAGACAUUAAAGGGCCACAGGUUGACUUUGAAGCUCCAGAUGUUGAUAUCGAAGGAUCGGGCGGAUUCAAAAUGCCGAAAAUCAAAAUGCCUACGUUUGGUUUCAAAGGUCCUAAAGUUGAAGGUCCAGAUGUAGAUGUGAAUCUACCCAAAGGAGACAUUGAUAUCAAAGGGCCGAAGAUAGAAGGUGAUCUCAAAGCUCCGAAAGUGGACAUCAAAGCUCCAGAUGUUGAUAUAGAGGUACCUAGUGGAAAGGUGAAGGGUCCCGGAUUCAAGAUGCCAUCAGUGUCAGGACCCAACAUAUCAAUGCCAAGCCUGGACUUCAAUCUGAAAGGGCCGAAGGUGAAGGGAGAUGUGGACGUUUCAGUGCCAAAGAUAGAAGGUGACCUCAAAGGGCCAAAAGUGGACGUUGGUCAUCCAGAUAUUGACAUUAAGGGUCCUGACGGCAAGAUUAAGGGUCCUGGGUUCAAAAUGCCAACCAUUUCUGGACCAGAUCUAAAAAUGCCUAGCCUGGACUUCAAUCUGAAAGGACCGAAGGUGAAGGGAGAUGUGGACGUUUCAGUGCCAAAGAUAGAAGGUGACCUCAAAGGGCCAAAGAUAGACAUUAAAGGGCCACAGGUUGACUUAGAAGCUCCAGAUGUUGAUAUCGAAGGAUCGGGCGGAUUCAAAAUGCCCAAAUUCAAAAUGCCUACGUUUGGAAUCAAAGGUCCUAAAGUUGAAGGCCCAGAUGUAGAUGUGAAUCUACCCAAAGGAGACAUUGAUAUCAAAGGGCCAAAGAUAGAAGGUGAUCUCAAAGCUCCGAAAGUGGACAUCAAAGCUCCAGAUGUUGAUAUAGAGGUACCUAGUGGAAAGGUGAAGGGUCCCGGAUUCAAGAUGCCAUCAGUGUCAGGACCCAACAUAUCAAUGCCAAGCCUGGACUUCAAUCUGAAAGGACCGAAGGUUGAAGGUGACAUCAAAGGGCCAAAGUUAGACAUUGAAGCUCCUGAUAUUGACAUUGAGGGUCCUGAAGGCAAGAUCAAGGGUCACGGAUUCAAGAUGCCAAAAAUCUCAAUGCCUGAUGUAGACUUUAAUCUGAAAGGGCCGAAGGUGAAGGGAGAUGUGGACGUUUCAGUGCCAAAGAUAGAAGGCGACUUCAAAGGGCCGAAGGUAGAUAUUGAUGCUCCAGAUGUUGACAUUGAAGGACCAGAAGGAGGAUUCAAAAUGCCCAAAUUCAAAAUGCCCAAGUUUGGUUUCAAAGGUCCUAAAGUUGAAGGCCCAGAUGUAGAUGUGAAUCUACCCAAAGGAGACAUUAACAUCAAAGGGCCACAGAUAGAAGGUGAUCUCAAAGCUCCGAAAGUGGACAUCAAAGCUCCAGAUGUUGAUAUAGAGGUACCUAGUGGAAAGGUGAAGGGUCCCGGAUUCAAGAUGCCAUCAGUGUCAGGACCCAACAUAUCCAUGCCAAGCCUGGACUUCAAUCUGAAAGGGCCGAAGGUGAAGGGAGAUGUGGACGUUUCAGUGCCAAAGAUAGAAGGUGACCUCAAAGGGCCAAAGAUAGACAUUAAAGGGCCACAGGUUGACUUAGAAGCUCCAGAUGUUGAUAUCGAAGGAUCGGGCGGAUUCAAAAUGCCGAAAAUCAAAAUGCCAAAGUUUGGAAUCAAAGGUCCCAACAUUGAAGGCCCAGAUGUAGAUGUGAAUCUACCCAAAGGAGACAUUAACAUCAAAGGGCCAAAGAUAGAAGGUGACCUCAAAGCUCCGAAAGUAGACAUUGACACUCCUGAUAUUAACAUUGAGGGUCCUGAAGGCAAGAUCAAGGGACCCGGAUUCAAGAUGCCAACCAUUUCUGGACCCAACAUCAAAAUGCCAAGUGUGGAUUUCAAUCUGAAAGGACCGAAGGUGGAAGGUGACAUCAAAGGGCCAAAGUUAGACAUUGAAGCUCCUGAUAUUGACAUUGAGGGUCCUGAAGGCAAGAUCAAGGGUCCUGGUUUCAAGAUGCCUACAAUUUCUGGACCCAACAUUAAAAUGCCCAAGUUUGGUUUCAAAGGUCCUAAAGUUGAAGGCCCAGAUGUAGAUGUGAAUCUACCCAAAGGAGACAUUGAUAUCAAAGGGCCAAAGAUAGACAUUGACACACCUGAUAUUGACAUUGAGGGUCCUGAAGGCAAGAUCAAAGGUCCUGGAUUCAAGAUGCCAACCAUUUCUGGACCCAACAUCAAAAUGCCAAGUGUGGAUUUCAAUCUGAAAGGACCGAAGGUGGAAGGUGACAUCAAAGGGCCAAAGUUAGACAUUGAAGCUCCUGAUAUUGACAUUGAGGGUCCUGAAGGCAAGAUCAAGGGUCACGGAUUCAAGAUGCCAAAAAUCUCAAUGCCUGAUGUAGACUUUAAUCUGAAAGGGCCGAAGGUGAAGGGAGAUAUGGAUGUUUCAGGUCCAAAGAUAGAAGGCGACUUCAAAGGGCCGAAGGUAGAUAUUGAUGCUCCAGAUCUUGACAUUGAAGGACCAGAAGGAGGAUUCAAAAUGCCUAAAUUCAAAAUGCCCAAGUUUGGUUUCAAAGGUCCUAAAGUUGAAGGCCCAGAUGUAGAUGUGAAUCUACCCAAAGGAGACAUCAAUAUCAAAGGGCCAAAGAUAGAAGGUGAUCUCAAAGCUCCGAAAGUGGACAUGAAAGCUCCAGAUGUUGAUAUAGAGGUACCUAGUGGAAAGGUGAAGGGCCCCGGAUUCAAGAUGCCAUCAAUGUCAGGACCCAACAUAUCAAUGCCAAGUCUGGACUUCAAUCUGAAAGGGCCGAAGGUUGAAGGUGACAUCAAAGGGCCAAAGAUAGAUAUUGAAGCUCCUGAUAUUGACAUUGAGGGUCCUGAAGGCAAGAUCAAGGGUCCCGGAUUCAAGAUGCCAAAAAUCUCAAUGCCUGAUGUAGACUUUAAUCUGAAAGGGCCGAAGGUGAAGGGAGAUAUGGAUGUUUCAGUGCCAAAGAUAGAAGGUGACAUCAAAGGGCCAAAGAUGGACAUUGGUCAUCCAGAUAUUGACAUUAAGGGCCCUGAUGGCAAGAUUAAGGGUCCUGGUUUCAAGAUGCCAACCAUUUCUGGACCCAACAUCAAAAUGCCGAGUAUGGAUUUCAAUCUGAAAGGACCGAAGGUUGAAGGUGACAUCAAAGGGCCAAAGCUAGACAUUGAAGCUCCUGAUAUUGACAUUGAGGGUCCUGAAGGCAAGAUCAAGGGUCCCGGAUUCAAGAUGCCCAAAAUUUCUGGACCAAAUAUCAAAAUGCCGAGUAUGGAUUUCAAUCUGAAAGGACCGAAGGUGGAAGGUGACAUCAAAGGGCCAAAGUUAGACAUUGAAGCUCCUGAUAUUGACAUUGAGGGUCCUGAAGGCAAGAUCAAGGGUCACGGAUUCAAGAUGCCAAAAAUGUCAAUGCCUGAUGUAGACUUUAAUCUGAAAGGGCCGAAGGUGAAGGGAGAUAUGGAUGUUUCAGGGCCAAAGAUAGAAGGCGACUUCAAAGGGCCGAAGGUAGAUAUUGAUGCUCCAGAUCUUGACAUUGAAGGACCAGAAGGAGGAUUCAAAAUGCCUAAAUUCAAAAUGCCCAAGUUUGGUUUCAAAGGUCCUAAAGUUGAAGGCCCAGAUGUAGAUGUGAAUCUACCCAAAGGAGACAUUGAUAUCAAAGGGCCGAAGAUAGACAUUGACACACCUGAUAUUGACAUUGAGGGCCCUGAAGGCAAGAUCAAGGGUCCUGGUUUCAAGAUGCCAACCAUUUCUGGACCCAACAUCAAAAUGCCGAGUGUGGAUUUCAAUCUGAAAGGACCGAAGGUGGAAGGUGACCUCAAAGGGCCAAAGGUAGACUUUGAUGCUCCUGAUAUUGACAUUGAGGGUCCUGAAGGCAAGAUCAAGGGUCCUGGUUUCAAGAUGCCAACCAUUUCUGGACCCAACAUCAAAAUGCCGAGUGUGGAUUUCAAUCUGAAAGGACCGAAGGUGGAAGGUGAUCUCAAAGGGCCAAAGGUAGACUUUGAUGCUCCUGAUUUUGACAUUGAGGGUCCUGAAGGCAAGAUCAAAGGUCCCGGAUUCAAGAUGCCAACCAUUUCUGCACCCAACAUCAAAAUGCCGAGUGUGGAUUUCAAUCUGAAAGGACCGAAGGUGGAAGGUGACCUCAAAGGGCCAAAGGUAGACUUUGAUGCUCCUGAUUUUGACAUUGAGGGUCCUGAAGGCAAGAUCAAGGGUCCCGGAUUCAAGAUGCCAACCAUUUCUGGACCCAACAUCAAAAUGCCCAAGUUUGGGUUCAAAGGUCCUAAAGUUGAAGGCCCAGAUGUAGAUGUGAAUCUACCCAAAGGAGACAUUGAUAUCAAAGGACCAAAGCUAGACAUUGAAGCUCCUGAUAUUGACAUUGAGGGUCCUGAAGGCAAGAUCAAGGGUCACGGAUUCAAGAUGCCAAAAAUCUCAAUGCCUGAUGUAGACUUUAAUCUGAAAGGGCCGAAGGUGAAGGGAGAUAUGGAUGUUUCAGGGCCAAAGAUAGAAGGCGACUUCAAAGGGCCGAAGGUAGAUAUUGAUGCUCCAGAUCUUGACAUUGAAGGACCAGAAGGAGGAUUCAAAAUGCCUAAAUUCAAAAUGCCCAAGUUUGGUUUCAAAGGUCCUAAAGUUGAAGGCCCAGAUGUAGAUGUGAAUCUACCCAAAGGAGACAUUGAUAUCAAAGGGCCGAAGAUAGACAUUGACACACCUGAUAUUGACAUUGAGGGCCCUGAAGGCAAGAUCAAGGGUCCUGGUUUCAAGAUGCCAACCAUUUCUGGACCCAACAUCAAAAUGCCGAGUAUGGAUUUCAAUCUGAAAGGACCGAAGGUGGAAGGUGAUCUCAAAGGGCCAAAGGUAGACAUUGAAGCUCCUGAUAUUGACAUUGAGGGCCCUGAAGGCAAGAUCAAGGGUCCCGGAUUCAAGAUGCCAACCAUUUCUGGACCCAACAUCAAAAUGCCCAAGUUUGGGUUCAAAGGUCCUAAAGUUGAAGGCCCAGAUGUAGAUGUGAAUCUACCCAAAGGAGACAUUGAUAUCAAAGGGCCAAAGGUAGACAUUGACACACCUGAUAUUGACAUUGAGGGCCCUGAAGGCAAGAUCAAAGGUCCCGGAUUCAAGAUGCCCAAAAUUACUGGGCCAAAUAUCAAAAUGCCAAGUAUGGAUUUCAAUCUGAAAGGACCGAAGGUGGAAGGUGACCUCAAAGGGCCAAAGGUAGAUAUUGAAGCUCCUGAUAUUGACAUUGAGGGCCCUGAAGGCAAGAUCAAAGGUCCCGGAUUCAAGAUGCCCAAAAUAUCUGGGCCAAAUAUCAAGAUGCCAAGUGUGGAUUUCAACCUGAAAGGACCGAAGGUGGAAGGUGACCUCAAAGGGCCAAAGGUAGAUAUUGAAGCUCCUGAUAUUGACAUUGAGGGCCCUGAAGGCAAGAUCAAGGGUCCUGGAUUCAAGAUGCCAACCAUUUCUGGACCCAACAUCAAAAUGCCAAGUAUGGAUUUCAAUCUGAAAGGACCGAAGGUGGAAGGUGACCUCAAAGGGCCAAAGGUAGAUAUUGAAGCUCCUGAUAUUGACAUUGAGGGCCCUGAAGGCAAGAUCAAAGGUCCCGGAUUCAAGAUGCCCAAAAUAUCUGGGCCAAAUAUCAAGAUGCCAAGUAUGGACUUCAAUCUGAAAGGACCGAAGGUGGAAGGUGACCUCAAAGGGCCAAAGGUAGAUAUUGAAGCUCCUGAUAUUGACAUUGAGGGCCCUGAAGGCAAGAUCAAAGGUCCCGGAUUCAAGAUGCCCAAAAUAUCUGGGCCAAAUAUCAAGAUGCCAAGUAUGGACUUCAAUCUGAAAGGACCGAAGGUGGAAGGUGACCUCAAAGGGCCAAAGGUAGACAUUGAUGCUCCAGAUAUUGACAUUGAGGGCCCUGAAGGCAAGAUCAAGGGUCCUGGAUUCAAGAUGCCAACCAUUUCUGGACCCAACAUCAAAAUGCCAAGUAUGGAUUUCAAUCUGAAAGGACCGAAGGUGGAAGGUGACCUCAAAGGGCCAAAGCUAGACAUUGAUGCUCCAGAUAUUGACAUUGAGGGCCCUGAAGGCAAGAUCAAGGGUCCCGGAUUCAAGAUGCCAACCAUUUCUGGACCCAAUAUCAAAAUGCCAAGUAUGGAUUUCAAUCUGAAAGGACCGAAGGUGGAAGGUGACCUCAAAGGGCCAAAGCUAGACAUUGAUGCUCCAGAUAUUGACGUUGAGGGCCCUGAAGGCAAGCUGAAAAGCCCAAAAUUCAAAAUUCCCAAAAUAUCUGGACCCAACAUUUCAAUGCCUGAUGUAGACUUUAACCUGAAAGGUCCAAAGGUGAAAGGAGGUGUAGAUGUUUCUGUGCCAAAGAUUGAAGGAGACAUCAAAGGGCCAAAAGUAGACAUUAAAGGCCCUGAUGUGAAUCUUGAGGCACCAGAUAUUGAUGUCAAAGGGCCAGAAGGAGGAUUCAAAAUGCCCAAAUUCAAAAUGCCCAAGUUUGGGUUCAAAGGCCCUAAAGUUGAGGGCCCAGAUGUAGAUGUGAAUCUACCCAAAGGUGACAUUAACAUCAAAGGUCCAAAGAUAGAAGGUGACAUCAAAGGGCCAAAAGUAGACAUUAAAUCUCCGGAUGUGAAUAUUGACGGGCCAGAUGUUGAUGUCAAAGGGCCGGAAGGAGGAUUCAAAAUGCCCAAAUUCAAAAUGCCCAAGUUUGGGUUCAAAGGCCCUAAAGUUGAAGGCCCAGAUGUAGAUGUGAAACUACCCAAAGGAGACAUUGACCUCAAAGGGCCAAAGAUAGACAUUGACACACCUGAUAUUGACAUUGAGGGUCCUGAAGGCAAGAUCAAGGGUCACGGAUUCAAGAUGCCAAAAAUGUCAAUGCCUGAUGUAGAAUUUAAUCUUAAGGGGCCGAAGGUGAAGGGAGAUAUGGAUGUUUCAGAGCCAAAGAUAGAAGGUGACUUCAAAGGGCCGAAGGUAGAUAUUGAUGCUCCAGAUAUUGAAAUUGAAGGACCAGAAGGCAAGCUGAAAAGCCCAAAAUUCAAAAUGCCCAAGUUUGGGUUCAAAGGUCCUAAAAUUGAAGGCCCAGAUGUAGAUGUGAAUCUACCCAAAGGAGACAUUGACCUCAAAGGGCCAAAGAUAGACAUUGACACACCUGAUAUUGACAUUGAGGGCCCUGAAGGCAAGAUCAAAGGUUCCGGAUUCAAGAUGCCCAAAAUUUCUGGGCCAAAUAUCAAAAUGCCCAGUAUGGACUUCAAUCUGAAAGGACCGAAGGUGGAAGGUGACCUCAAAGGGCCAAAGGUAGACAUUGAUGCUCCAGAUAUUGACAUUGAGGGCCCUGAAGGCAAAAUCAAGGGUCCUGGAUUCAAGAUGCCAACCAUUUCUGGACCCAACAUCAAAAUGCCAAGUAUGGAUUUCAAUCUGAAAGGACCGAAGGUGGAAGGUGACCUCAAAGGGCCAAAGAUAGACAUUGAUGCUCCUGAUAUUGACAUUGAGGGCCCUGAAGGCAAAAUCAAGGGUCCCGGAUUCAAGAUGCCAACCAUUUCUGGACCCAACAUCAAAAUGCCAAGUAUGGAUUUCAAUCUGAAAGGACCGAAGGUGGAAGGCGACCUCAAAGGGCCAAAAGUAGAUAUUGAAGCUCCUGAUAUUGACAUUGAGGGCCCUGAAGGCAAAAUCAAGGGUCCUGGAUUCAAGAUGCCAACCAUUUCUGGACCCAACAUCAAAAUGCCAAGUAUGGAUUUCAAUCUGAAAGGACCGAAGGUGGAAGGUGACCUCAAAGGGCCGAAGGUAGAUAUUGAUGCUCCGGAUGUGAAUAUCGAGGGGCCAGAUGUUGAUGUUGAAGGAGGAUUCAAAAUGCCCAAAUUCAAAAUGCCCAAGUUUGGAAUCAAAGGUCCUAAAGUUGAAGGCCCAGAUGUAGAUGUGAAUCUACCCAAAGGAGACAUUGAUAUCAAAGGGCCAAAGAUAGACAUUGACACACCUGAUAUUGAUAUUCAGUGUCCUGAAGGCAAGAUCAAGGGUCCUGGAUUCAAGAUGCCAACCAUUUCUGGGCCAAAUAUCAAGAUGCCAAGUAUGGAUUUCAACCUGAAAGGACCGAAGGUGGAAGGUGACCUCAAAGGGCCAAAAGUAGAUAUUGAAGCUCCUGAUAUUGACAUUGAGGGCCCUGAAGGCAAGAUCAAAGGUCCCGGAUUCAAGAUGCCCAAAAUAUCUGGGCCAAAUAUCAAGAUGCCAAGUAUGGACUUCAAUCUGAAAGGACCGAAGGUGGAAGGUGACCUCAAAGGGCCAAAGGUAGAUAUUGAAGCUCCUGAUAUUGACAUUGAGGGCCCUGAAGGCAAGAUCAAAGGUCCCGGAUUCAAGAUGCCCAAAAUAUCUGGGCCAAAUAUCAAGAUGCCAAGUAUGGACUUCAAUCUGAAAGGACCGAAGGUGGAAGGUGACCUCAAAGGGCCAAAGGUAGACAUUGAUGCUCCGGAUGUAAAUAUCGAGGGGCCAGAUGUUGAUAUUGAAGGAGGAUUCAAAAUGCCCAAAUUCAAAAUGCCCAAGUUUGGAAUCAAAGGUCCUAAAGUUGAAGGCCCAGAUGUAGAUGUGAAUCUACCCAAAGGAGACAUUGAUAUCAAAGGGCCAAAGGUAGACAUUGAUGCUCCAGAUAUUGACAUUGAGGGCCCUGAAGGCAAGAUCAAAGGUCCCGGAUUCAAGAUGCCCAAACUUUCUGGGCCAAAUAUCAAGAUGCCAAGUAUGGACUUCAAUCUGAAAGGACCGAAGGUGGAAGGUGACCUCAAAGGGCCAAAGGUAGACAUUGAUGCUCCAGAUAUUGACAUUGAGGGCCCUGAAGGCAAGAUCAAAGGUCCCGGAUUCAAGAUGCCCAAAAUAUCUGGGCCAAAUAUCAAGAUGCCAAGUAUGGACUUCAAUCUGAAAGGACCGAAGGUGGAAGGUGACCUCAAAGGGCCAAAGGUAGACAUUGAUGCUCCAGAUAUUGACAUUGAGGGCCCUGAAGGCAAAAUCAAGGGUCCUGGAUUCAAGAUGCCAACCAUUUCUGGACCCAACAUCAAAAUGCCAAGUAUGGAUUUCAAUCUGAAAGGACCGAAGGUGGAAGGUGACCUCAAAGGGCCAAAGGUAGAUAUUGAAGCUCCUGAUAUUGACAUUGAGGGCCCUGAAGGCAAGAUCAAAGGUCCCGGAUUCAAGAUGCCCAAAAUAUCUGGGCCAAAUAUCAAGAUGCCAAGUAUGGACUUCAAUCUGAAAGGACCGAAGGUGGAAGGUGACCUCAAAGGGCCAAAGGUAGACAUUGAUGCUCCAGAUAUUGACAUUGAGGGCCCUGAAGGCAAGAUCAAGGGUCCUGGAUUCAAGAUGCCAACCAUUUCUGGACCCAACAUCAAAAUGCCAAGUAUGGAUUUCAAUCUGAAAGGACCGAAGGUGGAAGGUGACCUCAAAGGGCCGAAGGUAGAUAUUGAUGCUCCGGAUGUGAAUAUCGAGGGGCCAGAUGUUGAUGUUGAAGGAGGAUUUAAAAUGCCCAAAUUCAAAAUGCCCAAGUUUGGAAUCAAAGGUCCUAAAGUUGAAGGCCCAGAUGUAGAUUUGAAUCUACCCAAAGGAGACAUUGAUAUCAAAGGGCCAAAGAUAGACAUUGAUGCUCCUGAUAUUGACAUUGAGGGCCCUGAAGGCAAGAUCAAAGGUCCCGGAUUCAAAAUGCCAACCAUUUCUGGACCCAACAUCAAAAUGCCAAGCAUGGAUUUCAAUUUGAAAGGACCGAAGGUGGAAGGUGACCUCAAAGGACCAAAGCUAGACAUUGAUGCUCCUGAUAUUGACAUUGAGGGCCCUGAAGGCAAGAUCAAAGGUCCCGGAUUCAAGAUGCCCAAAAUAUCUGGGCCAAAUAUCAAGAUGCCAAGUAUGGACUUCAAUCUGAAAGGACCGAAGGUGGAAGGUGACCUCAAAGGGCCAAAGGUAGAUAUUGAUGCUCCUGAUAUUGACAUUGAGGGCCCUGAAGGCAAAAUUAAGGGUCCCGGAUUCAAGAUGCCAACCAUUUCUGGGCCAAAUAUCAAAAUGCCAAGUAUGGAUUUCAAUCUGAAAGGACCGAAGGUGGAAGGUGACCUCAAAGGGCCGGAGGUAGAUAUUGAUGCUCCGGAUGUGAAUAUCGAGGGGCCAGAUGUUGAUGUUGAAGGAGGAUUCAAAAUGCCCAAAUUCAAAAUGCCCAAGUUUGGAAUCAAAGGUCCUAAAGUUGAAGGCCCAGAUGUAGAUUUGAAUCUACCCAAAGGAGACAUUGAUAUCAAAGGGCCAAAGAUAGACAUUGAUGCUCCUGAUAUUGACAUUGAGGGCCCUGAAGGCAAGAUCAAGGGUCCCGGAUUCAAAAUGCCAACCAUUUCUGGACCCAAUAUCAAAAUGCCAAGCAUGGAUUUCAAUCUGAAAGGACCGAAGGUGAAGGGAGACAUGGGUGCAAAUAUUCCUUCUGGAGACCUGAGCCUCUCUGGUCCUAAAAUUGAAGGCGAUAUAAAGGUCCCAGGAAUGGACCUGGAUGUCAAAGGACCCAAAAUCGAUGUAAAAGCUCCCAGCGCUGACCUAGACAUCAACGCUCCAGAUGUCAACAUCUCGGGUCCUGAGGGCAACAUUAAAAUGCCAAAAUUCAAGAAGCCCAAGUUUGGUUUGGGGCUGAAAGGUGCCAAAGCGAACGUGAAGUCUCCGUCGAUGGAUGUCAUUCCCCCUGAAGGCGACCUCAGCCUCGACGCACCUGACCUCAACGUUGACCUGAAAGGAAAGAAGGGCAAGUUGAAGAUGCCCAAAGGGAAAGGGAAGGUGAAGAAGCCCGACCUCGACGUGAGCGUCAGCUCCCCGGACCUCGAGGUGAAGGGGGCAAAGGUCAAGAAACCUUGGAAAUUCCACUUCCCGGACGUCGAGUUUGAUAUUAAAUCCCCCAGGAUGAAGGGCGACGCUUCUCUCUCCGGCCCCAAGGUCGAAGGAGGACUGAAGACCCCCGACGCUGACCUGCAGUCUCCAAACUUGAAGGCUGAAAUGAAGACCCCUGAUGUGGACCUCCCCGAUGUCGGCAUCGAGGGGCCCGACGCCAAGCUGAAAAAGCCCAAGAUGAAAAUGCCCAAAUUUCACAUGUCCGGCCCCAAACUCAAGGGACCGGAUGUAGACCUCAAUCUCAAAGGCCCGCAAGGCAAUCUGGAUGUUUCUGGGGAUGUGAACGUCAAGGCCCCCGAUGUCAGCUUGGAGGGCCCCGAAGGGAAGAUUAAGGGUCCCAAGUUCAAGAUGCCGUCUAUGAACUUGAGUGGGCCCGACAUCUCCGCCCCCGACUUCAAUCUCAACCUCAAGGGACCACAGGUAAAAGGAGACGCAGAUCUCAACGUCAAAGGCCCGAAGGUCCAUGUGGAAGGACUGGAUGUGGAUGUUGAAAGCCCCGAGGGGAAGGUGAAAGGUCCCGGGUUUAAGAUGCCAACCCUUUCUGGACCCAACAUCAAAAUGCCAAGCAUGGACUUCAAUCUGAAAGGACCGAAGGUGGAAGGUGACCUCAAAGGGCCGAAGAUAGACAUUGAUGCUCCUGAUAUUGACAUUGAGGGCCCUGAAGGCAAAAUCAAGGGUCCUGGAUUCAAGAUGCCAACCAUUUCUGGACCCAACAUCGAAAUGCCAAGUAUGGAUUUCAAUCUGAAAGGACCGAAGGUGGAAGGUGACCUCAAAGGACCGAGGGUUGGCAUUGAGGCUCCUGAUGUUGACUUCGAGGGUCCAAGUGGAAAGAUCAAGGGUCCCGGAAUCUCAAUGCCUGAUAUUGAUGUGAAUCUGAAAGGGCCGAAGGUGAAGGGAGGUGUGGAUGUUUCAGGAGACUUCAAAGGGCCGAAGGUGAAGGGAGGUGUGGGUGUUUCAGGAGACUUCAAAGGGCCGAAGGUGGACGUCAACGCUCCUGAUGUUGACGUGGAAGGGCUGGAAUUGAAAAUUCCCAAAUUAAAAGUUCCAAAGUUUGGCAUCAAACUCCCUACUGUGGAAGGCUCAGACGUGAAAGUCAAGCUCCCCAAGGGAGAUGUUUCAGGCCCUGGGUUAAAGGCUGACUUCGAGGGACCCAAGGUCGACGUGAAGGGUCCCGCCAUUGACGUCAAGACCCCAGAAAUUGAGCUGGAGUGCCCGGAGGGUAAAGUGAAGAAAUCGAAAUUCAAGAUGCCGAAAUUUGGUUUUGGGAGCCCCAAACUAGAAGGUCCCGACGUGGAUGUCAAUGUCAAGGGCUCUCGCAUUGAGGGGAAGCUUCCCGGAGCAGACCUCAGCAUCGAAGGGGGCAAGAUCAAAACGCCAUCCGGGGGUUUGUCUGGGUCCAAACCGGACCUGGACGUCAAUCUGAAGGGACCCAAAAUCGACGGCUCUGGCUUCGGGGUGAACUUGGGCUCCCCCGACGUGAGCGUUAAAGGGCCGAGCGUGGACCUCGGGGGCCCCAAAGUAGAAGUGGAAUCCUCGGGCGGGGCGUUUGACUUUGGCAAGGUGGACUAUGGAAAGAUGACCUUCACGAAUUUGAAGGUGCCGAGGUUCGGAGACCCCGCGCCCGAGCUGGAGGGCCCAGAGGUGGGGGUAGAUGUCGGGGGAGCAGGGCUAGACCUGGGGAAGGUGGGAGCAGCAGGAGAGCUGGAGAUCAAGAGUCCCAAAGUCAAAGGUCAGCUCAGCUCCCCGGGCAUGGAGGUGAAGAGCAGCGGCGCAGGAAAGGGCAAAAUCAAGAUGCCCAAGUUCUUCCAGAAAUCAAAGUCCAAGGGAAGCACUCCGGAUAUCAGCCUGGAGGGACCGGAGCUGGAGCUGGCCGGAGGCUCCAUGUCUCCUAAAGGCAAGUCGGCAUCGCUGGAUCUCUUCAAGAAACACCGGCACAGGUCCUCCUCUCUCAGCGACGAUGCCAACCUGGCCUCGCCCUCCUCCCCCUCCGGGCACCUGGAGGCGGAAGGGGGGGACUUCUCCCUGGAAGGAGGCGUGAAGGGGAAAGGGAAGAAGGGCAAGUCGAAAUUCGGGACCUUCGGCGGCCUCGGGUCCAAGUCCAAGGGCUCGUAUGAGGUGACGUUCAGCGAGGAGGGAGAGGCUGAGGUGUCUCUGGGUUCCAAGAAGGCGUCGCGGGUGUCCUCUACGUCCAGCAGCGACAGCGGGACCAGGGCGGGGUUCAAACUCCCCAAGAUCGAGCUGGCCGUGUCCAAGAAGUAAUUGUGUAAAUAGAAAUGACGAUUCAGCCAUGAGAGGGGUGUGCAAAUCCAGCCAUUGAGGUCUGGGAGUCUGGCCGAGGAGGGUUUUAAUUAAUAAGAAGUGACAUUGAUUUUAUUACCGGAGGGGGGGGGGGGGGGGGGGGACAUUAAGUAAAUGAACCUGGAUUAAAAGACAAAUAAUUCUUAACUUACAGAAUUUAGGGGUACGGGUGGAACAAACACCGGGGGGCUUACAGACUUCGAGGACUGGACUUGUGGACCCUGAUUUAAUACACCCUUUAUUUUUUAUUUUGUUUUGUACAUAAAAAGAAAUUAACUUUUAUCAACUAUAUUCUCCCUCUCCCUCUCUCUCCCCCUCUCCCUCUCCUCUCUCCUCUCCCUCUCCCUCUCCCUCUCUCUCCCCUCUCCCUCUCCCUCUCCCUCAGUACAGAAUUAAAGUGCCUUGUGUAGAAAUGAAAUGAGUCAGAGUCCUGAAAAGUAUCUCAAAAUAAUGGAUACGAUUGAUAAUAAGAUUGAGGUUUUUUUUUUUUUGUUUUGUUAAUAUAAUGCGCCCUAUUUUUGUAUUUUCGAAUGAAAUGUAAUCACACUGCUGCGUAUUAAUAAUGUCAAUGAUAAUAAUAGUAAUAACAUCAGUGCAUUUCUCUAAUUCUUUUUAGUUUGCAUUAAGCUGGGAGUGAACAGUGAACCCUGUUGGGUUUGGCGGGAGGGUUCGGCACAUUUGAUCUCUGGAGAGCGUUUGUUUUUUUCACUUUUAAUGACUUGAUGGCUUUCGCUUCCUCUCUGCGGCUGAGGGCUGGCUUUUAAAUUGUUCUCCUUUUAAAUAAAGUAAAUACAUAAUUGAUGGUGAAUCAAAGUUUUGUAAAAAUAAAUAAAUUAAGCUCCAUUUACUGCUGUUCCAAUGUAUUGAGAAGGCUGGGGUACGACUGCACAGGAAAUAGCUAUUAAUAUAGCAUAAUAAUAAUCUCAUAAUGUCUAUUUCUUUUGUCAGGAAUUGAAAUCUUUUUCAGUCAAUUUGGUUAAAUACAUGACGUUUUUCCAUCUCAUGGCUAUUUAACAAAAGCGUUUUUUUGGGGGGUCUGUUUUUAUGGAUUAAAAUGAAAAGGGUUUUAGAGUGUUCUUAAUAAAAACCAGGAUAGAAUUCCUGAAAUUAAAUAUUUUUUUGAAUGAAUUCUGAAUCCGUGCAGCCGCCCCCCCAGCCUCUCUCAGAGCUUCUUCGAUGGUCGCUGUGUUUUAGAAAUGAUUACGUAACCUUCCUGUCAGUUUGUUAAUGAGUUUCGUUUCUUCAAACCUCUUCUCCUUGUGUGUCGAGGUCUCUCGACUCCCUUCUGCACGUCACCAGCCCAGUUAAGGACGUGGUUCACUGUAACAAGAGUGAUGAUUUUAAAAAAUACAAAUAAACUGUUUAACCUGAA